UAAUUAUUGAAGCUUCUACAUCUUGUGGUCAUUUAUCGAAAACCAUGUCUCUACUCUGCAAACGUCCAUCUGCAGGGCUCUUAUCCCCAUCUCUGUUGACAAGAAGUGUCUCUACUUCUCCGUACGGUCGCUCACAUGUUUUCAAGCAACGUCUACCCAAAUUACCCAACCCAGUAGUUCCUCAUUUCCCUCAGCGUGUCGUUCGUGCGGACGGCUCAUCGUACAUGCAAUGGACGACAUCACCGCGUUCACGAAUAACCUUGACGCGCGAUACAACAAAUAACCCUCUUUGGAACGCUACCCAACGUUUGAGCGGAGCGGUCGGGGAGGGAGGCAUAGAAGAUGAAGAGCAAGAGGGCACUGGUCGUUUGGGACGCUUCAGGAGAAGGUUUGGACAGGAAGUCGGUGCCGGAGAGUGGACUGAACUUCAAGAGGGUAUUGAGGCUGAAGUGGAACCUCCACUGAGCAAAAAGCAAAAGGUUACCCCGAAGAAAUGAGUGCGCCGAUGCCUCGUCUCUCUUCGGCCCUUGUCAAGGCUUCUCGCAUCGGACUACGUUGCAAGCCUACUUUAGUUGGCGCUUGUCAUUUCACAACUAAGAUGCACAUUCACACCAAUCGAGUGAAUUCUUCGGGUAUCGAUACCCGUGCCAUCAGUUUCAAAGUAUUUUUGUCUUAUACCGUACGUAUACGUAUUGGCUGUCUUCGCCAUCAAACUUUCGCCUUUGUCCCUGGCUAAUACUCUCGCAUCGCUGUAUCACACAUGUCGGCCUUCAUUAAUUCAUUGGGCUGUUUGCCUUGAUGU